UCCUAAUUCCCUGCUCUAAAUCUCUUGGCCUUUGUUUGAAUUCCUCUCUGAUUCCAAUGGCAUCAUUGUUUCUCCCAGUCGGUUGUGGCUUCUUUCCUUCGCCUCAGGAGCUCCUCCGAAGCUACUUGAGGCCUAAAAACAGCUCGAACACCAAUCCUCUUGGUCUCGAUGGACAGAGUUUGAUCAAAGAGGUUAACCUGUAUGAUUAUGCACCGUUUAAUUUACCUGAUAUCGCGUGCUUCCGUUACGGAAACGAAAACAGGAAGAGGCAUUGGUUGUGUUAUACACCAAAGGAAGUGAUGGAGAACGCAGAAGGGUGGAGGAGGACCGAAGGUGGGUACUGGAAGAGGAAAGGCAAUGCUCUGGAUGUCACUGGUUUUGGAGGGGUUUUAGGGACUCAAACAACGUUUGAGUUUUGUCGGGGGAAUGCGAUGACGAAUGCGGUUAGGACUCGCUGGUGCAUGUAUGAGUAUGCCCUUCCGGAGAAUGUCGAGGCCUCUUUUGUUUUAUGUCGAGUAUUUAACAAAUCUCUUGCUGGAAAUGGUGCUUCUGAGAACAUUUUAAGCUCUGGUGCAGAAGAAAGUGGUUCUACAGUGUUUAAUAUUUACAACACUGGUGAUAAUAUUUACAACACUGGUGAUAAUAUUUACAACACUGUUGAUAAUAUUUACACUGGUGAUUAUAUUUACACCGGUGAUUAUAUUUACUACAACACUGAAGUUAAAGUUGCACCUGACACCGCUGAAGUUAAGGUUACACCUGUUGCUGCUGAAGUUAAGGUUACACCUGACACCACUGAGUCUCCUCCAAGCAUUCCAUCAAGUGAGCUGGUGAUAUCUGAGGAGCUAGCCCCCCUGCUUUUUUACAUUCUAGAGGAUGAUUUCAUAGAGCUGGAUGAUCUUGUGAAGUAAUUGUUCGUGACAGAGAUCAAAGCUAAUGAGGACAUUCAUCUAGUUGCUUGGAUUAGUUUAUUGAUUGGCUGAAGCAGUUCAUUACCUAGACACAGCCAAGAGUAUUGAUUUAAAAACUUAUUUAAUAGAUGAAAUGAACAAAACAUUCUACA